AUGAGUCAAUCAGGACGUGGAGGUAGCUGUGAUGUCCAAGACAAGCCUGAAGAAUUGGUUGAAUCUGAGAGCGAAACCGAAGAUGAAGCUUAUGAGCCCCCUCAAAAUGAGAAACCACCCAAUGAAAGAUUUGGCCAGGGGCACCUGGGUUCACUUGAUGAUGUUGCACUUAUUGAUAUGCUAAAGAAAUCAGUUGUGUAUCUUGAUUUCUUGAAUACUGGCUUGCAACAAUUACCCCCUAGGCUACCACGCAUUUCUGUUUGGAAAGGGGACAUGAUCAAGGAGAGGUCUAAGGCUGAUUGCGUACAAGGUUGCACGUAUGGAAAAUGUCAAUUUAAUAUUUAUUAUGUGCAGGUUUUACCUCUGAAAUCAACUUGCUAUUACAAAAAAUCUGAGUCAAGAACACCAUCCCCAACUUGUGUUAUAGAUGGUGCCACUUUUAAGAAGACACUGUCAGAAACUGUUGAUGGGACUAUGUCAUCUAAGACGAUCAAUGAUAUCACUGAACUGUAUAUGAAGCAUUCAGCUGGGCACAAUGAGUCUGCUUCAAAAUCUGCUCAAAAUAUUAUUGUGGAUGUCAUUGGUUAUUUUUAUCAGCGAGCUCAGCAUGAUAAGAGAUCUAGUGGUAGUGAUUGUGGAUGAUAAGAGUCGUAAUGCAGAUGGAAAUAAUGAUCACAUCCCAAACAUUCAGGAGGAUACUGGCUGUGAAAAUGAUGGCAGUGUCCCUACAGGAGAAGAGCUGCCUGCUGAUAAUGCUCAUGAUGAUGCUGAUGGUAAUAGGGAGACUUUAGAGGCACAUGAUGAUGGUAGUGGCAAUACUAUGAUUAUUCCACGCAGCAGCGGUGAUUGUAGCUCUGCCCCACAGAGCAUCACAGAGACCGUCAAAGUAUCAGAUCAAUUCGACUCGUCCCAAAGUGCUGGUUCUCAAGCAAAAAGGAGGUUAUCCACAUCCUCCGCAAGUGCCAACAAUGAAGGUGGCUGUUCUACUAUCGCUGAACGCACGCGGUCCCGCCGUGCAUCAUUUUCACCAGAAUCAGCAGCUCA